CCCCGCGCAUGCGUUGUCCCUCUCACGCUAGAGCAGUGCGUACGGUGAAGAGCGUGCGGCAAUGGCGGAGCCGGGCAAGGCCACCAUGAAGGAGCAGCGAUACGACCGGCAGCUGAGGCUGUGGGGUGACCAUGGACAAGAAGCAUUAGAAUCUGCCCAUGUUUGUGUGAUAAAUGCAACAGCAACAGGAACUGAAAUACUCAAAAACUUGGUGCUACCAGGUAUUGGCUCUUUCACAAUUGUCGAUGGGAAUCGGGUCUCGGGAGAAGAUGUUGGAAAUAAUUUCUUUCUACAGAAAAAACAUAUUGGUAAGAAUCGUGGCCAGAGUGCCACUGAGCUCUUGCAAGAAUUGAAUAAUGAUGUUUCGGGAAACUAUGUCGAAGAGAGUCCAGAAGUACUUUUAGACAAUAACCCUUCCUUUUUCAAUCGUUUUAACUUGGUGGUUGCAACGCAACUCUCAGAAAGUACGUUGCUGCGCUUGGCUGAACUUCUCUGGAAUUCUAACAUUCCUCUGCUGGUCUGCAGGACUUACGGGCUGGUUGGUUACAUGAGAGUCAUUAUUAAAGAACAUACAGUUGUGGAAUCUCAUCCUGACAAUAAGUUAGAAGAUCUGAGACUGGACAAACAAUUUCCCGAGCUGAGGGAACACAUUCAGUCUUAUGACUUGGAUCGUAUGGACAGAAAGGACCAUAGCCACACUCCAUGGAUUGUGAUUGUAGCCAAGUAUCUAACAAAAUGGCUCAAUGAGGAAAAUGAACAGUUUCCUAGGAGUUACAAAGAAAAAGAAGCCUUCAGACAACUGAUCCGGCAAGGUAUCUUAAAGAAUGAAAAUGGGGUCCCAGAAGAUGAGGAAAACUUUGAAGAAGCUAUAAAAAAUGUGAACACAGCAUUAAAUACUACAGAGAUUCCAGAAGGCAUUGAAGAGAUUUUUAAUGAUGAUCGUUGUAUCAAACUCACAGAGCAGUCACCUUCCUUCUGGAUAUUGGCUCGAGCUGUAAAGGAAUUUGUGGCAAAUGAGGGGCAAGGAAGCUUGCCUGUUCGAGGCAGUAUUCCUGAUAUGAUAGCAGACUCCAGUAAAUUUAUUGAAUUGCAAAAUGUAUACCGUGAAAAAGCAAAGAAGGAUAUUGCUGCUGUGAGUAACCAUGCUGCUAAAUUGCUACAGUCCCUAGGCAAGGCACCUGAAUCCAUUUCAGAGAGAGAAUUAAAAUUGCUUUGCAGCAAUGCCGCUUUCCUCCGGGUAGUGCGGUGUAGAUCUCUGGCUGAGGAAUACAGCUUAAACACUUUUAAUAAGGAUGAAAUCAUUUCCCACAUGGAUAACCCAGACAGUGAAAUAGUUCUGUACUUGAUGCUGCGAGCUGUAGAUAGAUUUUAUAAGCAGUAUGGCAGAUACCCAGGUGUCUGCAACGAUCGGAUAGAAGAUGAUACUGGAAAGCUGAAAUCAUGCCUUGCUGGUUUCUUGCAAGAACAUGGGCUGUCUGUAGUGGUGAAAGAUGACUAUUUUCAAGAGUUUUGUCGCUAUGGAGCUGCUGAGCCACAUGUUAUUGCUGCCCUUGUGGGAGGAGCUGCUGCACAGGAGGUUAUCAAAGUCAUUACAGGGCAGUUUGUAAUUUUUAAUAACACUUACAUUUACAGUGGUAUGUCACAGACUUCAGCGACUUUCCAGCUGUAAGAUAAGGCUCCUUCACUCCUUGCCACGAAGCAAUGCUGCUGCAAUGUUCUGUAAAUACUGUGGU